GAAUAGUCACAAUGAAAGUAAAAGGAUCACAGGCUUCAUGAAUUGGGAGAGUUUGGGAUAUCAUUAAAUAUCUAUCAUGGAUGUCACCCAUUCAGGUGAGCCAGUCUAUUGACUUGAACAGAGGGCAAAUGGUUUCACAAUAUACAGAAUGUGUGCCAUUGGGGUGCCUCAAGCAUGCUGCUCUAUCAAUACAAAUAGUUAAAAUAACAAAAUUAGAAUAACACCAAGAGAGAUCAUUUAAAAUGUUAGCAAUUUGUUGCCUUUCCUGGUUUUAAUUAAUGGUAUUUUUCUGCACUAAAAAGUUUACUAGUAGUAACAUCUGACUGUACUAAGUAAAGUAUAAUGCAGAUCCACUGGGGACCCGAUAACGUGCCUUAAACUUUUAUUAAGCUACAACAACCUGUUUCGAAGUCUAUACACAGUCUAUUAAAAUUGGCUCCUAAUGUCAAAUUUGAGGAAUGUAAGCCAAAAGAGCAGUACAGUAUUUGAAUAUAUUUAAACUCACUUGUAUUGAACAUUUUAUCCAACUCAGCAAUAAUAGCAUACACUUUUGCACGCUAAUUCUCCUUUCAUCACAACUCACUAUUACUAUCACUGUCUCCUAUUCGUUAAUACUGCACGUAACUAUCACCUCUCAUCACUGUCUUCGAUCAAAAUGCAUACUCUUCCACGUUCACUUAACCUUUAGUUGACUAAGCAUAGUGGCAGUCACUCUCUCCGUUCCCUAUUAAUGGCCAUCGAGGCUAUUUGUGGCAAAAGUAUUGUGUAUAUAAUGUGAUAAAGGGAUUCAAACACAAAUGGUAAUAACUGUUAAUGACAGCAUGUCUGAUGUAACAGCUUUGGAGUAUGUAGGUGUUUCAUUAAAUACUGAGCUGUGAGUUGAGAACUUUCUUGCAAUAUUUGGGAAGUUGCAAAAGGUAGAGAUUUUGCCUGUAUUGGUGAUUUUGUCCUGAAUUUAGCAAAUGGAUGUAGUCCUUUCCAUUACUAUUUAGCAAUUACUUUGGGGCUUGGACAAAACAUAAAAGGGUUAACUCUUAAAGGGACACGCCUGGCACCAAUACAACUUUAAUGCCUUUGAUUGGAUUUUGGCCUCAUUUUUAUGCUGUAUGCUUUGCAUGCUCUAAUCUGUAUAGUUUUUGCAUUAAAAAAAAAUGUUUUGCAGAAUGCUGUAUCAUAAACCUGCCUCUUUAGCCACACCCCCUCCCUUUAGAAAAGUACUUCCUUAUCAAAUGUUUGUACAUAGCUCGGUCACUGACAGUAUUGUAUGGUAUGAAAAAUGAACAUGUCAAUGCACAGAUUGGCAUACAUGAAAAAUUAUACUGACCCCAAUAAUGCUGUGCCUUAGAGGGGCAUGUGCAUGGACAAAACAACAGAAGAAAUCCUGAACAUGUGUUACGGACCACCUGGCACCCCGACCGGGUUCCCUCCUCUCUGCCUGUGAGAUAAUUGAGUCAGAUACUGUAAUAACUCAAUUAUCUCCAGGCAGAAAAUAUUUUACAAAGUCUCAUGAGUACCCCAAAACACAACAUAUCCCCAUAAAUGUUACCCCUGAUAGCCCUGAUCUGGGUGAACAACAUAUCCAAAAAUCGCCCAGAUCAGAGCAGGGGUUCAGGAAAUUCCUGGAAGUCUCUUUUUGACCGACCGCACACAUGGUUUCAUGCCCAAAACAGUUCCAGAGAAUCCGGCUGUGCGGUCUGUCUAUUUCAAAUUGUCGAAAUACCAUUCAAAUUACCAAACAUAGCCGUUUGUCUGGCACUUAGUCCAUUUAUCUGGUUUGGGAGCUUAUUCCUAUCGAACAACGCUCUGUUCGUAUGAAUCCAACCAAACAUAACUGGAUGUGGAAGUCCCAGUGGUGUUUGUGCCGUCGAGUGUCCGAUUAUAGUUCCAUGCACUCGAUGACAAAACACCGCUAGAUACAUUCGACAAAACAAGAUGACGGCCGCCACGUGUUCGCACGUACGAAUGGCAACCACCCAGCCAUUCGCCCAUUAAGCUGCGGUUAACCAUAAGUCUGGGCGGUUAAUCGGCUUCACACUCCACAUGUGGGUGGUCCGACUGUUCGGUUGUGUGUUCGGUAUAAACAUAAUCCAUUCGGUAAGCCCCAUAUACUGAAUCAUAGAAGGGAAAAGGUCUAAUACAUGGGCCAUAGUAACAGGGUAGGAGACUGGCAAACUCCCAGGAAAAAGGGAGUUUGUCACAGCAUGCGUUAAUAAGAGACCAGAGCUUCCUUGAAAUAUGCGCUGAAGAGGUAAGUGUGUUUUCUGCCUACCUCCAUUGUAAUUCUUACCCAAUAUUAGGGAUGGAGCUUUGUUUAGUGGAUAGCUCCCUAUUUUGAUAUCUAUAAGGAUACCAAACUAGGGAGCUAUCUACAAACAGCUUAACAACCAAAAUUAAGAAAAGGUUUUUGUUCAUUUUGAUCUUUGAACUGUUUAAUAUAUAAUUUUCUAAAUAAAUUUGGUACCCUUAUUUGGGCUUGUCAUAUUUAAGGUUUCCAUUUUAUAGACCUGUUAAGUAGAUAGCUUCCUUAUUUUGUAUGGACUAAGCACAACAGCUUCCUAAUUUGGUAGUGGUACAAUUGAAUAUGGAUUGGUAAUCCCAAAAAAAGGGUACGAAUUUUUUUAAUUUAUGAACUGAUGAAUGGAUCGAACAAAGAGUUCAUUCUUCCAUUGUGCCAUUCAAAAUUAGGAGAAAUGGACAAACUAGACAAAUUUUGUCCGAAUUGCGAUUCUUCCCAAAAAUAAAUGCCCAAGUCUUUACCCUUACUUCCUCUGUUAUUACAGGCAUCUACUCUACUGAAUUCUAGAGUUUCUCAGACAGUACUAUAUUGGUUGAUUGCUAGCGAAUCAUAAUGACUGCAUGAUUUAACUCUAAUAUUUACUUUUUUAUGUCCUCUCCCACUGCAGGAAAAAGGCCUAAUAAGUGUUUGCCAACCAACACAAUAAAUUCAAAAUCCAGAUACUUCCAUGGCAGUUCUAUUUCUACUCCAAAAACAUCACAAAUCUGUCUUGAAGGGCCUGCCAAUGUGGAAAAAAUAAAAAAACGCCAAGUAGACCUAGACAGUGUGUAUCCAUGUAAUAGAAGAGCGAGUUCUACAAGCAUCCCAUUAAAGGAAAAAACAAUAUCUAGAUCAUCAGAAAGCACAAUGAAAAAGCAAGAUAGUUUGGUACCAGCUAACAUUAGGCACAAGUAUGGAACUUCUUUGGUGGACCAACUGAUCUCCCCAGAGCAGGUGAGGUGGGUGGAAUGAACGCUGAGGAAGACAGAUGGACUGUUGACUUACUGUCGUUCCAUUCUUAAAUCUAGGUAAAGCAAGCACUGACUGAAGCAGAUGAAAAUAAAUCACACUCAAAUGGAUAUCACAUUCCAAAACCAAGCUUGAAUUCAUGGCUGAUGGACAACAUCGUAUAUUAUGAGCUGGGACAUAGCCUCCGUGCUAACCUAUUUCCAGGUCUGAUGGAAAAAUCAUCUUGAAUUCUCUCUUUCAGUCCAAUAAGCUUUAUUAUUAAUAGGCUAUUCCCUAGACUGGAAAUUGUGUAUAAUAGACAAGGGAAUUGCAAAAUGUUGGUCAAAAUAUCAACGCUGUAAAAAUAGCUGUAUUCCUGAUUUUGUUUUACCUAGGUAAAUGCACUGGCGUACAUACCACGGUCGCAGGGGUCGCAGCUGCGACCGGGCCUGUCACUCCAGAGGACCUGGCCGCCCUGCAGGCCCCUGCGACCGGUGCCCGCCAUCAUCAUUUGCGGCCCUGGCUUGCGAGGCAAACCACCAGGGCCACUGUCCAAAGGGUCCAUCGGGUGGCCCAUACUGUCAGGGCCAUCCGAUGGAGAUGGAUUGUCAGGGGGCCCGGUCAGCGCUGGGCGCUUUAACAGCGUGUGCAGCUCUGACCGGGCCCCCUGUGAUGAGAUCAUCACUGCUGGGAGGAAGUGACUACACGUCACACUCCUCCCAGCUAACACACACAGACCGCGCGUGAGGAAGAACAGGGAGUCAGAGUGGGAGACACACACACUAACACUUUCAGCAAUAAACACACACUAACAAUUGAUUUUUUAUUUCAAUCCACCCAGCCUCCUACCUUUGCUGGAGUGCUGGUGGGGAUCCUUUAACUGUUGGACGGACAGACGUGCCAUCAAUUUAGGUGGUGAGGGUGCUCUGAUCCUCCUGCUUAGCUCCUUUGCGCGCCUCUUAGUGAUGCCGGAGUGAUGUCAUAUUCCAGCUCUGGCAUCACUGCAGUGCGCGCGAGGAAGCUGAGCAUUAAGAGCUCAGGGGAGAGUGCUCCCUCACCGCCCACCUCCCACAUCAGGUAGAUGCCAGCCUCUGGGGGGCCUGAGGUGCCCCUUGAAAGUGCCGACCAGGGAAAAUGCCUUGUCAGCCUUACACUAAAUACAGGACUGCUAGAGUGCGUUCAUUUAUUUCAUGUUCCCAGUUUCUGAUUUGUCCGUUUACUUGUUUCUCUUGAUCUCUGGUAUCCUUUGACUUGGCUUGUUAUGUCAUUCAUCCAUAUAUCUCCUGUCCUUGACCUCGGCAUUCUCUCUGACUACCGUUAGUCCGGCCACUCUAAGGACCUUUAUACGGCUUGUCUAUUUAUUUAUGAUAUAAUCUGCACGUUUAGGUUCCACUCAGAUCCUGACAGAUGGACCUUAUGAAAUCUGUAUAAGGUUUUCGUAGAACAAGGAUCAAGUGAGCACCAUUUUGACACACAGCUAGGUAUACUGGAACCAGGGAAUAAAGUACAAGCAGAACACAGAAAUGGGAAGUGCAUACAGUGGCAGAGUAAGCAGUGUGUGACAGCAGAAUAGCCAUCAGCCUAAGGAAACAUUUUGGCAAAUUUUUGUUCUUACUGUGUCGGUUUGAUCCCUGCUUGCCCCAUUACCUUAUAUAUGUAAUAGAGGAGUACUAACUUCGUGUCUUUGUUUUCAUAGUCUUACUGUUUCCUUAUCUAAAACAGGUGCCCCCAUCCAAUGCCAUUCCUUGGUACAAGAUUCCUACACUACAGAAGUUAAUGAGAAAGGGAAAGUGAAAAGGGACACUUUGCAUCACUGGCAUGGGAGGAAGACUGAUGAUCUAGGUACUUGUUGAUCCUCCUUUUAACCGUCCUUUUGGAAAGAGAAAAACAUGUAUGAAGUGGAAGUGGAACUGCAAUCCUCUGAAGUGUGGCUUAAAAUUCUUCCUUCAGCUGUUUAGCAGUAUGUUUACUAAACUGUGAGCUCACUUCUUGAUUAUAAAUUUUCUACCAUGACAGACAAAAUAUAAUAGUCAGCAAACAUUGGUUUUUCAUCUCAGAAAUAUUGGUGACAUUUUCAAUACCGGUUUCAGUUAACCGUUUUCACUCAGUGGUGUAUUUUGGAUUUGUGCUGCCCUAGGCACAACUAAAUUCGGGCACCCACAAAAUCUAAAUUUGCCCCCCCAAUUUGUGUCAAGGCCACUUUUUUGACUGACAGACACAUGACCUCAUUGAUACAUGCACUGAUAUACACUCACUGACAGAUAUACAGUCAUUGGCACACAUGUACAGUCUUGGCACACACUGUUUAACCAACACACACUUUCACUGACAGACACACACUGACACACCCACUCAGUGACAGGCACACACUCUCAGAUACACAUAAAAUGACAUACACACACUGACAUACACACACUCACAGGCACACCCAUUCUCACUGAAAGACACGCACACUUUCACUCACUCACAGACACACACUGACAGCUACACUCACUCACUCACUCACAAUAAGGGGGACAGCCCCAGAACAGGAGGCAAACAAGGCAUUUGUCUGGGAGCUUGGGGUGGCAUUUUUUGGUGUCCCCCUGAAAGUGCCGCCCUAGGCAAAUGCCUUGUUUGCCUUGUGGUAAAUACAUCCCUGUUUUCACUGUAAUUGAAAUAAAAUGUACUAAGCACUGAGUGUGCACCCCUGUAGCAAUAUGUAGGUAAAGUAGCCAACUAGGAUAAAAAUGUGAUUGGUUAUUUACAAAUUACUAUUCCUUUGCACGUUUGGCUACUGUCAUAGUGAUACAAACUAGAGUAGUGAACAUAUGGAUGUGUCCAGAAGUAAGAUGUCAGACUUAACACCGUUCUUUUCAUUUAUUUUAUCUGCCGGGAGUAAAUUCCCACACUCUCUCAUCUCCCUUCCAGCAAUCUGUGAUAAGUAAGGGGUUUAUGGAUCAAGGGGUCUUCAAUCUACUGUCCUUUAUAUAUGUAUUCCCCCUCUUAAUGCAGUGUCCCCCAUCAGUAUUAGUGCAGUUAAAGCAACACUAUAGGGUCAGGAAUACAAAGCUGUCAAUAGUGUCCGUUUCCCCCUUGCCUCAUUCAAAUAGGGUUAAAAUGUACCUUUUUCCAGCAUCGUGUUUUACCUUUUUUCCUGCUCCGCCUCCCUGGCUGAGAUUAUAAGAAUUGACAAUCUCAGUCAAUGUGAUGCUUUGGAGGCUAUUGCACAUGCCUGGCAAAAUGCAGCACUGGCCAGUCAGCAUCUCCUCAUAGAGAUGCAAUAUAUCAAUGCAUGUCUAGGGAAAAUGUUCAGUGUGUCCAUGUAGAGUGUGGAGAUGCUGAACGGCAGUGCUGCACGUUGUGCAUCAGUGACCCAGGAAGCACCUCUAGUAGCCGUCUGAGGGACUGCCACUGGAGGUCUCCCUAGGCAGUAAUGAUUACACUGCAUUUUCUCUGAAAAGGCAGUGUUUACAUGAAAAUGCCUGCAGGGACAUACUUUAAUCACCAAAACAACUACAUUGAGCUGUAGUUAUCCUGGUGACUUUAUUGGCAACCCUUUUAAAAGAAUCCUUUCCGGUAUGCGCCAACAAGUAUGCCUGGUCCCCUUUGCACUAAUAGUGUUAUAUGUAGAUUAAUUUACAGAUCAGUUUAAUCCUCAUUUCUGCAAAUGUAUUCAUUUUGAUGUUUUUGUGAGGGCGGUGCAUGUAUUUGCAAAGAAUUGACCUAGUAGUUUUGGACAUUACAUUUGGGUUGUUAAAAAUAAACAGCAGGGUUAUUUACCAAGGUGAGAACUGCCAGAAAUUCAAAGUGAAUGUCAGAUUUAGGAAAUAUUUGCAAAAAUUGAAGAAUAGCUGAUGUGGGGAUUGUUUCGAGUUAUUCAGCUAGUUUGGCCUGAAAUUUGAAAUUCACUUUGAAUUUCCGAUAAUUCUCACUUUAGUGAAUAACCCUCAUAGUAUUUUAUUAAAGGAUGGCAUUAAUGCAACAAUGGACAUUUAAUAUCUAAGCCCUAAAUACUAAAACUUGCGUAGUUUGACCAAUAUAUUGUUUGUUCUUUCCAGGCAGGUGGCAUGAAAGAAACUUUAUGUACAUAAAUCUUAGGAAGGCAUUAGACAAGAAAGGCACCCCAAGAUCUUAACCUCAAUAAAAUGAUUAAUUCCUCAGAUUCUGAGUUCUUUAUUCUCAUGUUCUGCAAGCUCUUUCCAUACAAGACUCACAAAAACAUACAUUUCCGUAAUGAUUUGACACAAAGGGGUCACUUCUAUUAGGUCAAAAGAGUGAAAAAUAAAACAGGCACGUAGUAAAAUACUUACAAAUAUCAAUGACGUAUUCAACUGACCUAGUAUGUAAGAAUAUAAAUAAAAAGUGCAAAUCCAAAAAUGUAUAACGUCUCAGGUGCAAAUUUUAACAAAAACAAUUAAAUGAACACUAUAGUCACAAAAACAACUUUAGUUUAAUGAAGCAGUUUGUGUAAAGAGAGUAUUCCUCUGAAGUUUCACUGUUCAAUUCACUGCCAUUUAGGAAUGAAAUCACUUUUGUUUCUGUUUAUGCAGCUCCUAGCCACACCUCCCCUUACUGUGACUGACAGCCUGCAUGAAAAUAAAAUGAAUUCAUUUUCAACUUUACUUCUAAAUUAAACUGCAUUUGCUAUAAAGGUAGUGUAAACUUUAGAUGACUCUUACAGGAAGCGUUUAGGAAGGUUGUGUAAGUCACAUGCAGGGAGGUGUGACUAGGGCUGUAUAAACAAAAUGAUAUAACUCCUAAAUGGCAGAGAAUUGAACAGUGAGACUGCAGGGGCAAGAACUAUACACCAAAACUGCUUCAUUAAGCUAAAGUUGUUUUGGUGACUGUAGUGUUCCUUUAAGUAGAUAAAGUGCAUUAUUAAUUUCCAUACUCCAAGAUUUUGGCAAAUGUUUUAUAUGGCAUCAGAAAAAUAAGAAGGCAGGCGAUAUACUAGUGUAGUAUAUCCAAUGGUAUAUAUAAUUCUUAGAAACAUUCAUAGAAUUCAUAGAAACAUAUAAAAUCACAUUCCCAAAAAAGGCACAACAAAACAAUUGCACACAGGUACUUUGGCAACGUGUGCCUUCUACCUGAGAGACAAUCUUCUUACAGUAAUCCCACACAGGUCUCUAAAGAAAUGUCCAUAUCAUGUUGCACUUUAUCUACUUAAUUGCUUUAUUUAAAUUUGCAACUAUUUUGUAAAAUACCUACAUGCAAUACAUGUACCCUUUUUCAAAUAUGACGCAUUAAAUUGUCUAUAGAGAAUAACAGAAUAAUUAUGUAAAUAUUCCAUAGGAAAUUAUAACAAUCCUACUAUAGUAUUUUUUGAUAUAUAUUAAUAUUCUAUAACUCUAUAUGCCACUGAGCGCUGUUUGUAUUGUUUUGUAAAGCAAUCUGGACUCAAAUGCUAUUGGAAAGAACUGCCAUCACCAAAAAAUUGGAGAGUAUCUUCAGGCCUCCCACGCCUGUCCGAAUGUCCACGAGACCAAUGUUACCCAAAGAACCUCCAGUUCAAUCACCACCACCAAAAGCUAACAAGAGGAAAAGUCAAACUAAGACAAAAAAGCCACAAAUAGUGUCUGUUCCUAUGACACAACCCAAUGAAGAUGAUAAUUUUUGGGACUUUUAUGACAAACCAAUUUUCUGAAAAUAUGUGUAGUUUAUGACAGACAAAUAAUCCUAACACCAUCUGUUGUUCAAGUGCAGAGUCAUGGAACACAAAAAUGCACGCAAACACCCUGUGUUAGGCUGCCAACAGGGCAUAUUGUGUGGGUCACAUUAUUUAAAGACACUGACACAUUUCAAUAUAUUGCUGUUAUUCUGAGGAAAUGUAAAGACCUACAUCACUGAAAGACCGUUCUAGAAUAUACAGCUGGCAUUAAAUUGUUUAUUUCAGAAAAAGAUGAUUUAAUUAGUACAUAAUAACUGAUUAAAUGCCC